GCUUUUAACAACACCAGAACGAUCAUUCGCGUACGAACAUUCUACCGGUGAGGAGAGUCCUGAAUUUCGUUGUCCAAUUUUCGGAGAGCUUCUCGCCCUUUUACUAACAGAUCGGCAUCAACCAUACCUUAAGGGAACAAUCGUAACCAGUGUGCGUGUGUGUGCGUGUGUGAAAGUGAAAAGAUUGAGAGCGAAAAUUAAGUAAGAUCUUAUCCCACGAUCGGAGUAUUCCGCGAACCCGUUCCAGCCAGCUUGAAGUGCAGCGUAAUCAUGAAAGCAUUCCCUGCCCUGUUCGCCAUUGCCACCAUUGUUGCGGUGUGCAGUUUAAACGGUUCCGUUCAAGCAACUGUCGUCGAAUCGUGCGGUGCCACUCGCAGUUUAGUGCCGAUCGAGGAGAACGUCGUAGAUAUUAGCAAUUGUGAGAAGGGACCGUGCAAGUUGAAACGACGCACGACCGUUAGCAUUAACCAAAAGUUCACUCCGACCGAAGAUGUGAAGAGCCUUAGCACGACCGUGUUCGCAAAGAUCGUCGGUCUACCGUUGCCGUUCAUUGGUGUCGAUGGUACCAGUGCCUGUCCGUAUCUGUUCGAGGAAGACGGUACAACUAAGCUCGAGUGUCCACUGAAGGCUGGCGUGCCGGUUGUGUACAAGCGUAGCUUCGAUGUGCUCGAAAUCUACCCGAAAAUCCCCAGCAUGACCAUCCACUGGGAGCUGCAGACGAAGAGUGGUCGAUCGAUCACGUGCUUUGAGGUGCCGGCUAAAAUUGUUUAAGCACGCAGUCAAUCCGCGUCCGCUAAGGGCACAAACGUACUACAUCAGUGAAUAGCAGAGCUGUACGAUCGCGUUAGCUUGCCGAGUGAUACGUUUUAGGUCUACCAGAACGUUUUGGGCUAAAAUGAUGCACAGUAAAGAGUGGAGUACUUUUAUGUAAA